GCAAAUUAUUAUCAUUAGAGUCGCUUUUCUUUCUAUUACAACAAUUCUCUUAAUAUUCCUCUGCGUUCGUGGUAAUUAACCUCCGUUCAAGCACUGCUAGAGCUACCUCUACGGAACCAGAUAUUUUUUACUCCCAAUUGUUCAUAGAUACAAUUAUCUAUCUAUCCAUCCACAAUCUCAAGCUCACCAUGGGCCAUAUCCUAACCUACCACACCCACGGCCACACCCACAACUUCACCCUCCCACCCCCCAUCUCCGACCCCCCCUUCUCCCCCCCUCCCUCUCCCUCCACUCAAUCAAAAGAAACCCAAACCUACGCCGCCUACACAGCCCGCUAUACACAUAUCUACCCAGAAAACAACACGGUGCACCUCGGGAUACUCGCACCCAGCUCCCGCAUUCCAGCCACUUCCUUCCGGGCCUCUCUCUCCAGUAUAAUCCUCGCGCAGCGCUCCGCCAUCACGCGGUUUAAAACUCUCAAAGCUACGAAUCGGGAUGAAGAUGUGUAUUAUCUGCCUGUGCAUUCGGACGAAGAAUUCCGGUCUGAGAUUAAUGCCGGCGUAGGAUUUUAUCUGGACAUAUAUUGCGAUGACGGGGAUGUGGUUUCGCUUAUCAAUAAAUGGCCAUUUGAUGAUGCGACUAAGGGGCUUGUUCCUGAUAAACUAUUGCCGGAUGUGGAUUUGAUUUUGCGGUUUGAUCGGCUGAAUGAGAAGUUGCAUAAGUUGGGGAAGGAGAGCUUGGGGUAUCAUGUGAAGUAUCAUUAUAUUCCGAAGAGUAAGAAUAGAGAGGUGGAAUUAGAUGUUAUUGCAGAGUUGGAUAGAUAUGCUGCUGAGAUGAAGGAGCACCCGGAUAUGAUGGUAGAAGACGUUGAGGAGGAGGAAGAGGAAGAGGAAGAGGAAGAGGAAGAGGAAGAAUCGGAAGAAACUCCCAUACCGAAAAUAAGCCCAAGACCAAAAGCAACGCCGACAUCGAAAUCAUCGCAAAACCCAACCCUAACCCCGGACUCAACCCCCGCGCAAAAGCCAAUGCCAAAGCUAAAGAUAAAGAUAAAUUUUGGAGGUUCAAUUCUUAACCGAAACCCUCCACCAGAGUUUCCCGAAUUAUAAUUAUGAUUUGCACAUUCAAGGCUCCACAGAUUCACAACACACUGCUCUCUUACCCAUCCUUACUCAUCCGCUCACGUUCCGACUCUGUAUUCUGAUAUUUUAUAUACUCUAUUCAUACCAUACACCCGAAACAAAAUAAAGCAGCACAGCAAAUUGACAGAAGAAUACUUUUUGGGAGAAACUGGAAAUACA